AUGCAAGAGGAAGUUGAUGUUGAAUGGCCGGACUGCUACAUCUGCAUCAUUGCCUCGUCAGGAACUGGGAAAACUCAGUUGGCGGCGACUGCAAGUCUCACCUUCGAAGGGGCGAAAACAAUCUACUUGAACAUGGGCCAGGACAGUGAUCAAAGCUUCUGCCGUCCUCACGAUUCGAAGCCGUUGAUGGAAACAAUUACCAAGUUCAUUGAAAUGAUUGACCGUAAAGCAAUAACCUUAUCAGCGAACGGGAUCGCUGAAUGGGCCAAAACGCAGGACAAGGGCCAUUCUACCUUUGUCUGCUUGCUCUAUCACCUACUCACUGGGAAGCCUUUUCGACGGGAUGACGUGAAGUCUGUGUUGAAGCUCAGAGAUCUCAAAGCUGCCAUACAAGGCGAGAAGUUCCUGGUUUUUCUCGACGAAGUUCCGCCUAUGGGCAACGAUGGCCGCUUUAAGUGUGCUCUUUGUUUGAGGGAUACCCUUCAAUACCUUGGAAUUGCUCCAAUCUUGAUGAUGCAAUACACCGCUCUUAGCCUUAUUCGCGACUCGAUCCUAGAUAGGGUUUGA